UUGGCAUACAGUAAAUGUUUAACAAAUACCAUAAAUAAAAAAAAAGGGAGUAUUAGGCAGUCAUGCAUCAGGCUUGUCAGCCUAUACUCCCAUCCAGUGAAUGGAGUAGCCUUUCUAUUGGGGUGGGGUAUAUGUGUUUCUAAUACAGUGCUUAGGAAGUAAUAUUAAGGUACAAUAAAGAAUUACACUGAUCUGAUUUUCAUUUUAUAAAAAGGGAAAAGUUAAAGUUCCUUAAUUAACACAGUUAACUAUUGGAAAGUUCUUAAGGCUGUUGGAAGGUUCAUUUUAGGUGUGUAAUUUUUAACGCUCUUGUUCUUGCUGUAGUUUGUUCAUAUGAAGUGCAGAUGGGAUCAUUUUUUUCCAUUUUUGUGGCCUUCUUGAAGUAAAGUUGUCAUUGAUGGGUAUCUGCAAAAUUAUUUCGCCUCCCAUAAAAAUUCUGAAAACAAAAACUCACUAAAGUCAAUAAUUAUUGAAUAACUCCAUUCAAUAGUAUUUAUUGAGCGCUUACUAUGUGCAGAGCACUGUACUAAGCGCUUGGGAUGAACUCCAGCACAGAACAGUCUCCUUACUUAAAUGAAAUGGCUUAUUCUCUUUAUGACACUGUCUGCCGAACAGAUAAAUCACUUGUUUAGAACAAAAGUGGAGCGUUUAGGACAGCCUUGAAAGUAAUUGCUUGUUGCCUUUAGAGAAUGUGAACUUUGAGGCAAUGACAAAGGACAUGAAAAGGUCAGCUAGAAAGCUCUCCUGGAUUAAUCUCUGGACUAGAGUUGCUUUGUAGAUAAAUACAAGCCUUGGCUUCUUGGAACAUGACCUGCCUUGAUAAUUAGAUGCUUUUUUGUUAUUUUGUGCAAGUGCUAAUAUUCUACCAUGUUCUGUUUUCUCCUGCAGGGGAUAGCUAGUGAAUUCAGAAUCCUAUCAACUGUCUUCAGUGAAACUUGGAUUCCCAAAGAUAAGCAUUAGAACAGAUGGAUAAUGGAGACUGGGGAUAUAUGAUGACCGAUCCAGUCACAUUAAAUGUAGGCGGUCACUUGUAUACCACCUCUCUCACCACAUUAACAAGAUAUCCCGACUCUAUGCUGGGGGCCAUGUUUGGGGGAGACUUCCCUUCAGCCAGAGAUUCUCAGGGUAAUUAUUUCAUUGAUCGAGAUGGACCGCUUUUCCGGUAUGUCCUCAAUUUCUUAAGGACGUCAGAAUUGACUUUACCUCUAGAUUUUAAGGAAUUUGAUCUGCUUAGAAAAGAAGCAGAUUUUUAUCAGAUUGAGCCCUUGAUUCAGUGCCUCAAUGACCCUAAACCGUUGUAUCCCGUGGAUACCUUUGAAGAAGUUGUGGAGCUGUCUAGCACUCGGAAACUUUCCAAGUACUCCAACCCGGUGGCAGUAAUCAUAACUCAGUUAACCAUCACCACCAAAGUACAUUCAUUACUGGAAGGCAUUUCAAACUACUUUACCAAGUGGAAUAAGCACAUGAUGGACACCAGAGACUGCCAGGUUUCUUUUACUUUUGGCCCCUGCGAUUAUCACCAAGAAGUUUCCCUCCGCGUCCACCUGAUGGAAUACAUUACGAAACAAGGAUUCACGAUCCGCAACACUCGCGUGCAUCAUAUGAGUGAGCGGGCCAAUGAAAAUACAGUGGAGCACAAUUGGACUUUCUGUAGAUUGGCCCGGAAGACGGACGACUGAUCUGAACUAGGAGGGGUUUAUGGCAGGUGAUUUUCCCAUUGUAUGGAAGAGGCUGCUGGUUUUUUUUUUUAAUUUUAAUAGCGCAAUAGUGUGGGUUUUUUAAUAUGUGUAUUUGAGGCAUUGAGACUGAAAAAGAAGUUCUGUGCUUAGCAGCCCCUCCUGUCCUUUGCUCCUUCUACACAAGUUAUGCAUGUGCCUGUUCAAAAUAUCAAAAUACCUUUUUUAUAAAAAGAAUUCUAAAAAUCACAAGGUAUAAUCCUCCUGUUAACAGUGCUUUCACAGUUAAAGUGCUAAAAAUCAGUUCUGUUCAAAUGGUCCCUACCCAACUGGAAAGCUAAAGUCUUGGAAUGAAAAUUUAAGAUGCCUUUGGAAAAGCAGAUUCAGUAGAGGGUGAUGGUGAUCUCAAACCAAUAAGUGGCACUGUAAUACUAUAAAAAAGUUUCCAUCAGUAUUAAAGCACUUAAGUACCACUUUUUACAGUUAUGACAACUGUUUCUUUCUAUGCAUAGAAAAAUGAAGCAACCAAAUAUCUCUAGCCGUGGAAAUGUCUGACUGGAAAUACAUUGGAUUCUGCAUACAAAAUGUCCCCAUGCUAUAAAUCUUAUUUUUUAUGCCUCAUGCUAUAUUUUUCUCCAGUGUACUGCCUGCCAAAGAGACUCUAAUUAAAAAGAAAAUCAAAGUGAAA